CUUAUUCUAGCAGGAACGCGCCGAUGGGUCCGACCGGGGCCCGUACCCGCCCCCCCCCGCCGCCUCUCGGAUGGUCGCCACCCCGCGACCGUAUCCAGGAGACGGGGCCGGACGCCGGAAGCAGAGCGGAGCUGCCAUUGGGCCAGGAGGCGCCUACGUUCAGGGCGGGACCACCGGGCCGAGCCCGGGGGGGAGCUCCCGGAUGUUGGGGUGAGGGGCUCCUGGGGCUGGUGUGUCUGUCGGGAAUGCUCCGCCCGCCGCUUCCACUCUGGGUCGCUGGGGCUCCUCUAUUAAACCUCCAUAGUCAGAUCAGCAGGUCACGGUCGCAAUAACACUUCAAACCAAUUCCAUAAACUGAUACUGCUCCUGAAAGAUGCAGCCCCUUUACAGGAAAAAAAAUUUCCAGCAGAGAUGCAGCUGAGGAAUGGGAAGGCAUUGGUGCUGGCUGAUGCUUACUGAAGGAAGCACAGAGCUCUGAACAAGAAAAGCUUUUCUGCUGAUUCAAUUCUUCCAGCAAAAGCAGCAUCACAUAACUUCUUGUAAACCAAAACAAAGAAACAAACA